AUGGCGACGAUCCUUGUGGCAGUGUUGACUGUCAUUCUGGCCUCGACGCUCGGCCAGAGUUACAUUCGUUCCCACCCGUUAAACAGCCUUGUGGUGCGUCUUGGUGAAUAUGAUCAUGCCAAUAACUUACACGGAAUAGUUGGCCAAGACUUCUCUGCGGCAGAUAUCUUCUUUCACCCUCUUUAUUCCAUUGCAUAUUCACGAUACAGUCUGGUGCUCAUCAAGUUGAAUUCCACAGUCUCCUUUAAGGUCGAGUUCAUUAAACCCGUGUGCCUCCCCUGGGGGUUGGACAGCAAUAAAAACCUAACGGGCCAAAAAGGACUGGUGGUAGCUCCCUGGAACACAUUAGAUUGUAAGUUCCUUCGCAUUAAUAUUGAGGACAAGGGUGCACCUCUUGUGACUAUGGAGGAGGGUGAGCGCUAUGUGGCGGCAGGUAUUUUGGGAUACGGCUUUUUUUGUGGAGUGGAGGAAUUCCCCGCUCCGUACAACAAUUUACGGUAUCCGGAAAACUUGGCCUGGAUCAAGAAUGUGGCGUUCACCACACACUGA